ACCAGGGACUUAACACAAGUUGGGGUUUGUUUACUUUCUGAGUAGCCAUCUCCUGUUAUGGUGGCGGUCUUAAGAAAUGUGUUUAAGAUGCAUUUGACUACUGUCUCCUCAGAAUCAAGAAUCCGGCAAAUCAAGAAUCUCUGCAGAAUCAAGAAGAACUACUAGCUGUAGUUCCACAAAAGCUUUAAAAUAUAUGUUGUUAGUAAAAUAACUGACACUCAUGAGGGUUUUUAGAUCCCUGACAUUAGUUUUUAGAAGUGAGACACUCUAAAAUCGUAUUAGGGUAAGGUAUUCGGUUUUGAAGUCAAACUGUUGGGAUUUGCUAUAUUAUAUAGCAGAACAGUUCCAGCUAGCUCAAAAUGUCUCGUUGCAGAAGGGUGCUUAAUAAAUUCCAUUCUACAGAGGAGUGAGGCUGUGGGGGAAGGGAGAAUGUGUAGUUUAAAAAAAUAGAAGUUGCUUAGGGUUCUUGAACUAAUUGAGUCAUCCCUAGAUAUAACCAAUGCAUUGUUUCAGGGAUGUAGGUAGUUGUAGCUUUAAUUGUGUGUGAGUUGUCCAUUUAAGAGGUUUAUUCUCAUGCUGGAUAGUUAUAGCUGGAGUAGUGAAACUUCAGUGUGUAAACUAUUUCUGGGAGUGAGGCAGAGAGGGAGAGGCAACUUGCUUAACCUAACCGGUGCACAACUGAAUUCAUACCAGUUUGUUCAAAUGGAUAUCUUAACGUACUUGUUUUGCACUGUAGCAAAUCCAGACUUUAUUUUAUUUAUCAGCUCUGAAACAGUUUUAAAAACUAAAAGCUGAUGUAGUAGGAAGUCUGUUUACUCAAACUGAAGAUAAAAUCUAUUUUUUUUCAGUUUUGAAGUCAUUGAGAUGAAAAUGGCAUCAGAAAGAUGCUACUAAGCACUGUAUCAAAGUGAUUUUUAUAUAAUUCUAUCUUUGCCAACAAAAUUGGUCUGAUGUUUGAUGUUUAAUUGUUCAGUAUUUGUACAGAGGCUUUUACCAUUUUCCUAAGUCAUGCUGAGUCAAGGUUGUGUGACAUGAACUAAAGUACAAUUAUACAAUAUAUUAGGGUUUUUUCAUUAUGUAUGGACUAAAAGGGAAUUUUUGCAGUUAUUAACUCUCUGUAGCUGAUGUCGUCUGAAAAGGCUUUUGUUAUGUGACUGAAAAGUAAUUUUGACUUUGCAACAGUAUUCAUUAACCCGUUGUGUUAGGAAAUUCCACUGGAAUGCGUCAAGAAGGAAAUAGGAAUACAUAAAACAGUAGUAAUGCAGCAGUAAAAGGUGAUUUUACUUUUCUUGGAAUAGUUGUCAUUUUGCCAGCCAUAAAGAAGGUCUUUAGUUAUUGUUGAUACAUAACCUGUUUUUCAGGUACUGUGGGUCAGCUGUCUGAUAGGUCACACAACUGACUAUCGAUGAGAAUGAGGGAAAAAAUCUAGAGCAGCUCAGAGAUACUUAGGAAUUGUAGUAAAUGAUCUCACAGGUUGAAACCAGUAAAAGCUGUCACAGGCUUGUGUAGAGAUGAUUGGAAAUACUACCAUAGAAUUUAAGUACUCGUGGAAAAAACGUGAAGAACUAACUGCCUCCUGAAAGACCAUACCUGUAAAUUCAUGAGGCAGCUUCAGCUGCUCUAAUGCACAAGUUCCCUUUUAAGUAUUAUUGUUUGGCACAGAUCCUAGACAGCAUAAGAUAAUGUCCUUAUAUACUAUUCUUAGGAUUUGUUGGACAUCUUAAAUUAGCAGUGUUGACUAUAUUUAGUGGUGCAUUACUGUGUGUCUUGCAGGCACAAGAGAAACAGACCUAGACUUUUUAUAAAAAAUAUUCCUGGUGUAUCUGGACUAGGCAGAUUUUUUUCCAUUUUGUGUUGGUAUCCCAAGGACAAACUAGAACAGCAGUAAAUAAUUCGCAUCACCUAGAGCAACAAAAGUUAAUACUUUCUUUGAGGUGUGAUUCUCUAAGAUAAUGCAGUCAUGGAGUUGUUAAUGAAAUACAGUGUAGCUGAUAGCAUAUCCUGACACUAGGGACAAUUUCAUAACCAGAUGGUAAUAGAUCAUGAGCUGUAUCUUCAAGAGUAUGAAGUCACAUUCUCUUCUGCCAGAUGUUCAUUAGCAAAAGAAAUUUUGUAUGUUUCCCUUAUGAAUCAGAAGGUUUAAAAGAAGGAUUUCGUCUGGUAACUGCUUAUUUUUUUGCAAUCUUGUAGCAUAAAACUAUACUUUUUUGCUUUUGGAAUUGAUACAGCUGACAAGAACAUAGAAAAAUUAAGAAAAAAUUAAGCUAUGAAGCUUGACAAGCUUGUUUCUUUUGAUUUUGUUGGGAUUUUGGUUUUUUUCUUCUUUGCUCAGGUUGAGGUUGCAACCUAGAUUCACCUUCAGAACAAAUCUGGUGCUAAGACAAUUAAUUGUACAUUAACAUCUGAAGAAAGGCAUGGUAGACGGUAACUUGGUUGUAGCUCUCAUGGUUGUUUUCUUUAACUUGUAGUGGACUGAGUCUGACUGGAUGCCAGGCACCCACCAAAUCUUCUCUAUCGCUCCCCUCCAUAGCUGGACAGAGAAGAGAAUAUAAAAUCAGGGGUUAAUGGGUUGAGAUAAGGAUGGGGAGAGAUCACCAAAUACCAUCAUGGGCAAAACAGGCUAAGUGAUAGUUUAUCGUUAAAAAGAUCAGAAUAGGAUAAUGAGAAGUAAAAACAUUUCUGUACCUCCUACCCCAGUGGGCCAGGGAAUAAAUGAUGGUUGUGGUCAGUUUAUCACCUGAGGCUCCUACUGCUCACAGAGAGGAGUUAUUGCACCUUGCUGCACCAAGGAGUCCCUCCCACUGAAGAGAGUUCUUCCAUGAACUUCUUCAGCAUGAGUCAGUGUUAUGAGCAGCAGCUCCCCGAGAACUGCUGCAACAUGAGUUCAUCCUAUGGGCAAUGGCAUCCCUCAAACUGCCACAGUGUCACUUUUCCAUGGGGUGCAGUUGUUCAAGGACAGCCUGCUCCUGCAUAGGAGCAGGGCUUCUCUCUCCACAGGUCUCCCAUGGGGUCACAGCCUUCCUUCAGGCAUCCCCCUGCUCUGGUGGGGGGAUCCUCCCUGGCCUGUGGGUGGAUCUCUGCCUGCUUGUGGAUCUCCAGGGGCUGCAAGGGCUUAGCUGCUGCACCACGGCUGCAGAGGUGUUGCCACCAUUUCUGGUUGGCCACAAAGGGGAGCAUCCCACUUUGGAGUCACCAGAGAUUGGCUCUGCCAGACUUCGAAGAAACUUCUACCAUUUUCUGAGAGAGUUGUUACUCAACCAAGUCCAUCAGUUUCUCAGCCUGGUACUUCAGAAAGUGAAGAGAGAGCUGCUGAACUGCCGAAACCAAAGAAGAACAGAUGUUUCAUGUGCAGGAAGAAGGUUGGCCUUACAGGAUUUGACUGCCGAUGUGGAAACCUAUUUUGUGGACUUCACCGUUAUUCUGACAAGCAUAAUUGCCCAUAUGAUUAUAAAGCAGAAGCUGCAGCAAAAAUCAGAAAAGAGAAUCCAGUUGUGGUGGCUGAAAAAAUUCAGAGAAUAUAAAUUAAUCUGCUUGUGAAAAGACUGACUGACUCUUUGUGGGGCUUUUUUUUUUUCAAUACAUCCUAAAAACAUGAGAAGAGCAGAUGCAUGGUCAUUUUCCUUUGUUUUCCAGAGUUUUACUUCUAGUCCUGUCUGUCUAAACAAUACUUCAAAUGUUUGGGUGUUUGAUACAGGCAGAAUUGGAUAGAUACAGCCAUUGAAAAUAUAUAUAUGCCCUCCCCAGAAUAGAUGGAUGAUCAGAACCCUGCACAGGAAUACACAUGCACAGAGACAGACUCUAGUUCACGUGUGCCAAACAGAUGUAUGCAAUCUGCAUGUGUGCAGCAGCUCUGCCUUUUGAGAUGUGCAUGAGUUGUUUAAUGUUCGGUUAUUGUUAUAUGCCUGUUUUGGAGAAGGAUACAUCAAAACAGUUGGCAGUCUACUUCUAUCAUUUAAAAUCUCAUUCUACUUUUAGUUGCCACACUCCAUUUUAGUUUUCCAGCAGAAUGCUGUGUAGAUGGGUCUACCAUCCCAGUAACAUGAGUGUCAAUGCCAUAUUUAAGUCACUUAAAAACUGCACUGAGCAAAACAGAAAAAUUCAGAUACAUAUGAGAGGAAAAUUGUUUUGUAAAAAUUACAUUAACUUUAGAAUCUAGAAAAAAGUUCCCAAAGGAAUGUCCCAUUAGGAGCUUCUGAACUGGCCUGCAACAGAGUUGUCUGCUUUUCCUUGCGUAGCUAAAAAUGUUGUGUAGCACAAUAUUGUAAGACUGGUUUUCAAAAAACAGUUACAAAUGUUUCUAGACAUAUCACAUCAUCUCUAUCAAGCAACACGGGUCUAAAUAAGUUGCUGAAAUACUAGAGCAGUUUACUAUUCAUGUAUUAGUUAUGUUCUGUGUGUUCCAAGUUCAGAAGAAUAUUAGGAAUUAAUUUUUCUAGUUUUAAAUGUAACAGUUGCACCGUUCUGCAUGGAAAACCAUACCUAACAUGGCUGCUGUAGACUUAAAUGGUAGCUGGAACCACUCUUGGAGGACUGCUUUUAUCAUUUUUAAUUGUACUUGGGUAUAGGACUGUAGUGUUCUUGGGUGUAUUGCAUGGGCUGCGUUAUCUGGCAUUGUACAAUAACAACUCUAGAAAAGGCAGUAUUCUUCACUGAUGCUUGUCUGGUAAUAUAUAUCACUUCUGUGUUAUAAUGGAAGGGGUUUUUGUGAUGUAUGAAACUUGGUUUUUUUAUAUAGACAAAUACGGUUUAGACUAGUGUUGUGGUAAUGCCUGUUCUCAUCUGUAAAUAGUUACAUACGUACACAAGGCACUACUUCUGGCCUGAUUUUUAUUGCCAGUGUUCAGUCUUGGUUUUUACUUCACUAUUAAAAGCGUCAGGUUUUCGCUUCUAACUUUGUUCUUCUGAGUUAUUAGAUAUGCAAACAUGUACAGAUAGUUCAUAUUUAUGUAUUGCACAUAAGCUACCCAGCAUCUAUGCUAUAUUGUAUUAUGUAAAUAAUAAAAAUAAUGUACAGAAGGAAAUA